AUGUCGGAGAGCUGCGUGUUUGUUGGUGUGAUUGACUGUAUGUACGGGAACUUGUUACUUGUGGGUAUGGGAAUGGGAAGUACAGGAAUCAUUAGUAAGGCAUGCAGUCGCAAUGACGGAAAUGGGGCAGGGACGGUUGCACCUCCUGCACGGAUUUUGAAAUAUGGAAAUGAAACACAGGAGCUUCUUAAAUGGGCUUCCCGGCUACUUCUUAAUCUGCUUCAGUCAUUUUACGCAAUAGGCCACAUUUGUGAUGCUGGAGUGGAAAUCUGGGUCUUCGUGCACUUUGGCUCAUUCUGCAUUUUGCCGUCACCAUAUGGUAUUUCAAAAAAGCUAACGUUUCGACAAAAAAAAAAAUAUGGUAUUUCAAAAGUUUUGGAGUUAUUGCAGUGGGUUGCAGAUAUUGGUGUGAAAAGUGUCUGCCUUUAUGAUCCAGAAGGUGUGUUGAAAAAGAACAAGGAACCUAUCAUGCAAAGAUUCAGCAGUGCAAACUUGUCUGAGGAGGCUGCUGUUAAUGGUCGGCUUGUUACCCGCAGAAAUCUGACUUUGGAGUUUGUUUCAUUUGAGGAUGGAAAAGAAGCAGUUGCCAAAGCAGCUAAUUAUCUCUUUGUAAAGCACUAUGCAAAUGGUACUAAGGAAAAGUCAGAUUUUACAGAGCCUCAAAUGGCUGAAGCUUUAGGAGCCAUUGGUUCUGGAGGAGCUGAUCCUGAUCUGCUACUAAUUUAUGGACCCACAAGAUGCCAUCUUGGGUUUCCAGCAUGGAGACUUCGGUACACUGAAAUAGUACAUAUGGGGCCAUUGAAGUCUAUGAGUUAUGGUUCCCUUGUUAAAGCCAUUUUCAAGUACACUAUGGUGCAUCAAAAUUAUGGUUCAUAAGCAAUUUCAUCCGCAGUGACGUCAUCUUGUGGGACGAGCAGAGUUCGGAAGAUGGACCUGACAGACGCUGCUAGUAUGGUUUGCAUUUUAUUGAGAAUGUUCUUCUUUGAUUGUAGGACCAAAGUUAAAAGGUAUCUAUUGGCUUGUAUGCCCAAUUGAUUGACCUUUUCGUAAACUCAUCCCGUUGUAAACUCAUCACGUGAUGGAAAAUGUUUGUACUCCAUUUGCUCUUUUUUUCCUCUUAGGAGUAGGGGGUUGGGAGAUGUCUUGGUCCUAUGGGGUUGGGACAUAUAUAGUUGGUGGCAUUAGUUGAAAGGAAUAAUAAGAGGAAAAAAAGGCUUCAAUUGUUUAUCAUGCUUCUUAUCUACCAUCGCAAUUUCUA